AUGUAAUAAAUAUAUAACCCAGAUGAAAGGAUGAAUGUUGAAUUAUUUUUAGCUGCUAGAGAACUUCCUAAUCUUGAAUUCUUAUCCAAAAGUGACCCUUACUUAGAACUCUAUUAUUCUUUAUAAGGAGAACCAGAAAUUUGUUUAGGUAAAACUGAAACAGCAGAAUGCAACUUAGAUCCUAAUUGGGAAAAAUCAUUCAAUAUUGAAUAUCUUCCCAAUUUUAUUCAAAUACUUAGAUUUUAAAUCUUUGAUUAAAAUAGAAUGGGAAAAGAAUUUAUGGGAGAAGCAUAAGUUACAAUUAAAGACAUAACACAAUCAAAAAAUUCAUUAAUAUCAUUACCAAUAAAAAAAUUUGAUAAAAAUGCAGGAUAAUUAAUAUGCAAGGCAGUAUUAAUGAAUUAAUCAAAUCAUUUUGUCUAAUGGCAAUUUUCUGCAUCAAAUAUUAAAAAUAUGGAUGGUAUUUUUGGUAAAUCUGACCCAUUUCUAAAAUUUUAUUUACAUUCUGAUAAUGUAUGGUGCUAAAUUCAUUAAACAGAAUAUAUUAAAAAUACUCUUAAUCCAACAUGGAAAGAAUUUGAAAUUUCUUUAUAAAGAUUAUGUUUGAAUGAUGAAAAUAAAAAAUUUAAAAUAGAAUGCAUAGAUAGACAUGAAAAAGGUAAAAAUAACUAAUUAAUCGGUGCAUUUGAAACAACAAUAGAUGAAAUAUUUAAUAAAAAUAAAGCAGAAUUUUCUCUAAUUUAACCAAAAGGAGGUUAAGUGGGUACUAUAAAAAUUCUUAAUAAAAAAAAAAUAUUUAGACCCAAUUUUGACGAUUUUAUAAAGUAAGGUACCACCUUUAAUCUAAUUAUUGGCAUUGACUAUUCUACUAAUAAUGGUGUUCCAUCAUUUCCAGAUUCCUUACAUUCCUACAUAGAAUCUAAUAAUAAAUAUGGAAAAGUAAUUAAUGAUGUAGCUCAAGUUUUAGAAAAAUAUAAUUAGAAAAAGUUGUUUGCAAUAUAUGGAAUUGGAGCAGAACCACAUUUAGCUAAUUAUACAUUAAAUACUUAUCAAACUUUAUUUCCUUUGACAGGGGAUUUUUAAAAACCUUAAGUAGAAGGAUAUUAAGCUGUUUCUAAUUUAUAUAAAAAUACUUUGAAGUAGAUAGUUGUCAAGGGUGAUUGUAAAAUUGAAGAUUACAUUAAAUAUAUAUAAACGGUAGCUGAACAUAAUUCAGGUAAACUAAUUUAUACAAUUUCUGUAAUAAUAGCAUAAGGUAAAAUUUCAGACAUAAAGAUUUUUGAGGAUUUAUUAAUCAAAGGUAUUUUAGAUAUUAAUAUAGGUUGUAAAUUACCAUAUACAUUAAUUUUUGUAGGAAUGGGAAAGAAUGAUUUUUCAGAGGUGAAAAGUAUGAUUAAUAAUUUGAACAAUCACGAUCCCCCAAUUAGAAAUAAUUUAACAUUUUAUGAAUAUAAAGAGUAAGCAAUCUAAAUGUUAUAAAAAUAUUUAAUGAAUGAUUUACCAUAACAUUUAGUUAGUUAUAAAUAAUGA